UUGAAUUCAUAGAAACGGAUAUCGUGGCCAAUGCAUUUAUACUAUUCGCUGCUGGUUUUGAAACAGUGUCUACAGCAAUGAGUUUUUGUCUGUAUGAACUCGCAUUGAAAAAACCAAUACAGGACAAAGUUCGAGAAGAAAUGAAUAAGAUGAAGAACAAACACAACGCUGAGAUUGACAAUGAUUUUCUAAAAGAUUUACAUUAUUUGGAAAUGGUAUUGGCUGAAACCUUACGGAAGUAUCCACCACUUAUAACACUAUUUAGAGAAGCUACACAGGAUUAUCAAGUACCCGAUGAUACAUUCGUUAUCGAAAAAGGUACAAAAGUUCUUAUUCCUGCAUACGCUAUUCAUCAUGACUACAGAUAUUAUCCUGAUCCCGAGACGUUUGACCCCGAGCGGUUCUCACCAGAGGAAAAAGCUAAAAGACCAAAUGGAACUUAUAUGCCGUUUGGUGAUGGACCUCGCUUAUGUAUAGGGAAACGAUUUGCUGAAAUGGAAAUGAAAUUGGCGUUAACUGAAAUUUUGACCAAAUAUGAAGUGGAGCCAUGUGAAAAAACAGACAUUCCGAUGAGAUUCAGUUUGAGAUCACUAAUUAUCAUGCCAGAAAAUGGUAUUUGGUUAAAAUUUAAACCAAUACACGCCUCUAAAUAAGCAUAAAUUCAUCGACCUUAUUAACUUAAAAUAUCUACUUAGUAUGACAGUAUGUCUUGAGGAAAACUGCUUUUAGAUUUUUUUAAAUGUGGUGGGUUGAAAAAUAUGAUAUUAUACUAACAAAAAAACAAUACUGUCUUAUUUAAAGAUAUUCAAACAGUUAAUAAGUAGUCAUAUGCUCAAAAUCCUCUAUAAUUUAAGUCUAUGAUCUAUUGCAUACCUAUAACCUAUAUACACCGUAAAACAAAUUACUGCGUAUUACGAAUGCAAGAACUUACAAUGGAUAUUAUUUCAUUUUUAUGUUAUUUACUAUUCGAUUUAUUGAAAUAUAAUGUGUAUCCGAUGUAAAUGGUUGAAUUAAGGAUACCUUAGUUCGUAUAUUCGGGCGAGUAUACCCUUAUGUAUAGU